AUGCCCGCUUACUUCUAUCACCUUAGCUUGCAACUCCUCCCCCAUAGCUUAUCCGACACGCCGAGCUCGCAGGGAGACUCUCUCGCGCUACAAUCCGCAUGGGACGCUCUCCAACCAUUCCAACAACGGAGCCGGCCUUCAACCUCCAACCGCCUAUCUCCCGCAGGAGAUAAUAAAACCCCACCUCCAGACCACACUUUGGCGCAUCGCCAGAAAGUCAUAUCCACCCUCUCCACCCACACCACUACUCCCACCCCACCUCAAACCACUCCCUCCGCAAGCACCACCCCACUCGAAAACGACAAGCGCUUCGGCGCCGUCUCCAUUGACUGCAUUGACAUGGUCACCCCCAAACACCCACCCAAACGCACCCCGAAGCGCGGCUCCACCUCCACAGAACCAGAGAACUUAGUUGCCGCAGGCAUCGGCACUGAUAUCCUAGGCGGCCUCCGCACAAAAGGCAGAUACAUCCCACUCGAUUACGAGCUUGCCGACAGCGUCUGGGGAAUUGUACAUCUGUAUCGCGAUUCGCAGGAGACACCCUACCUCGGAAACGAUGACGAUUACCCCGCCUACCUGAAGGGCUCCUCCGCUGCGGCCCGCCACCCCGGUGAGCAGCAGGCCGCGCUGAGGCAGGGUGUAGCCGGUGGGGCGGGUGCUAAACAACCUGGGACGGCGGGCCUUGCAGAAUACCCUUUCCCUGAGACAACUUCUUCCUCUGCGCAGGGUCCUGAUGAGGAUUGCACGACACUAUGUAUUCUCGCUGUGCCGUCUUAUCUAUCGCCGCCGGACUUUUUAGGGUUCAUGGGACAGAAGACUAUGGAUGAUGUUAGUCAUUUCCGGAUGAUUAGGACUGCGCGCGCGAAUCGGUAUAUGGUUUUGAUGAAGUUCCGGAGUGGGCGCAAGGCGAAGGAAUGGCAGAAGGAAUGGAAUGGGCAUGUGUUUAACAGCAUUGAGCCUGAGACCUGCCAUGUGGUGUUUGUGAAGACCGUUGAAAUCCAAGUCGUGGAUGCCGAAACACCAUCUGCUGAGCAUGGUGCUACACCCUCUAACCUCUCGACCCCUUCUCGGCCCCCGGUAUCCUCUACCGGACAAGCAACUCUCACUGGCAAACCUCUCGCGCCACCUACCCCUGCACUAAUCGAACUACCAACCUGUCCCGUCUGCCUAGAGCGAAUGGACGAAACCACGGGCCUGCUAACAAUAAACUGCCAACACGUCUUCCACUGCACCUGUCUCCAAAAAUGGAAAGGCAGCGGCUGUCCCGUAUGCCGAUACACACAAGAUGACUACCGCAAAAGCAACGCAUCCCUGAAACCAGACGAAGAACCCCAAGAAUGCAGCAUCUGCCACUCUGAAGAAAACCUCUGGGCCUGUCUAAUCUGCGGCACGAUCGGCUGCGGCCGCUACGACAACGCCCACGCCUUCGCCCACUGGAAAGAAACAGCCCACGCCUUCUCCAUGGAUCUCACCUCCCAGCGCGUAUGGGACUAUGUAGGCGACGCCUACGUCCACCGCAUAAUCCAAAAUAAAACAGACGGAAAGCUCCUCGAGCUACCCGCAGCAGACCACAGCGCCCUCGACCCACCAGACUGGGGCGAUGCCGUCCCCCGCGAGAAACUAGAAAACAUGAGUAUCGAAUAUACACACCUCCUCACCAGUCAGCUUGAAAGCCAGCGCGCGUACUUCGAAGAAGUAGUCGAGCGCGCCGUCGACAAAGCAUCGCAGGCUAGUGCCGCCGCCGCCGUGGCGGAAAUUAACGCUUCCAGCGCCUCGUCGCGUCUAGAAGAAUUACAAGCCAAGUACGAUGCCGUGACAAUUGAGACGCUGCCGUCGCUUGAACACGACCGCGCGCGUGCGGAGAAAAGAGCAGAGAAAUUCGAGGCGCUGGCGCGCUCUUUUGAGAAGGGAUUUCAAGAGGAGAAAGCUAUGAAUCGGAAUAUGUUGUUGCGGUUGGAGGGGCUUGCUAAAGAGGUUGAUGAGCUGAAGGUUGCGAAUGCGGAUCUGGCGGACCAGAAUCGUGAUUUGACCUUCUUUAUUAGUGGGACGCAGAGGUUGCAGGGGCAGGGUGAGGAGGUUGAGCAGGGGACUGUUUCUGUGCCUGAUCCGCCUGCUUCAAAGAAGAAGAGGAAAGGGAAGGGAAAGAAGUAG